GUCAGUGUUAAGCGCAGGUCAUUCCGCACUCGAUUUUCGCUGAGUACCAAAAGCAAUAAGAUACGAAAGAAGUCCAUGCCACGCGGUAAUGAUCUUCUCAAUAAACCAAACGACGCAUUCAUGGCUUAUACCACAAGUUUUAAAUUAAUAUCAGUACAAGCAAUCACGCCAAUCGGAGUUUACAACUACUGUCAAGAUUUGAGCAAGUUU